GGGUCAGAGUUUGGAAAGGACCCGAGGGCGGGGUCAAAACAGCCGGCCGUCCUUACCCCUUCGUCUUAGGGCUGCCUCGAGCGCGAGAGGGGACAGAACCCUAGCUGCCCGCCGGCCUCGGCAGCCCGGACGCACACGCUCUGCGUCAUGGCGGGCUGGGGCGGAUGAUGAAUUCCGGUGUGCAAGUGUGGGUUGCUGUGUCACUCGGCCCGCUCGGCGCGCCCCUUCCCCGCCGCCCUUCCGCACCGGCUCUUGGGCUCUUCCGGUCCCCAGGCGCCCCUCACCUGCAGGCUCGUCUCCCGCCGCCGCUUGGAGCACGCCGAGUCUCCGCUGCGGACUGAUCUCGCGCGGUGCCCGGGAUCCGGGCGCCGGAAAGACCCUGGCCAUGGCUAGCGGCGCUGCCAGGUACCGGCUGAGCUGCUCGCUCCCGGGUCAUGAGCUGGACGUGCGGGGCCUGGUGUGCUGCCUCUAUCCGCCGGGGGCCUUUGUGUCGGUGUCCCGAGACCGCACCACCCGCCUUUGGGCCCCGGACAGUCCUAACAGGGGCUUUACAGAAAUGCACUGUAUGAGUGGCCACUCCAACUUUGUAUCUUGUGUAUGCAUCAUACCUUCAAGUGACACAUACCCUCAUGGACUAAUUGCCACUGGAGGAAAUGACCACAAUAUAUGUAUCUUCUCACUGGACAGUCCAUUGCCACUUUAUAUUCUAAAAGGUCACAAAAAUACUGUUUGUAGUCUUUCAUCUGGGAAAUUUGGAACAUUACUUAGUGGCUCAUGGGACACCACUGCUAAAGUCUGGCUGAAUGACAAAUGCAUGAUGACCUUACAGGGUCAUACAGCUGCAGUAUGGGCAGUAAAGAUCUUACCUGAACAGGGCUUAAUGUUGACUGGAUCAGCAGACAAGACCAUUAAACUGUGGAAGGCUGGAAGAUGUGAGCGAACUUUUUCAGGACAUGAAGACUGUGUAAGAGGCUUGGCAAUUUUGAGCGAAACACAAUUUCUUUCCUGUGCAAAUGAUGCUAGUAUUAGAAGGUGGCAAAUCACUGGCGAGUGUCUAGAAGUAUAUUAUGGACAUACAAAUUAUAUUUAUAGCAUAUCUGUCUUUCCGAAUUGUAGAGAUUUCGUGACAACAGCAGAAGACAGAUCCCUGAGAAUCUGGAAACGUGGAGAAUGUGCUCAAACAAUCCGACUUCCAGCUCAGUCUAUAUGGUGCUGCUGUGUACUAGACAAUGGCGACAUUGUGGUUGGUGCAAGUGAUGGUAUUAUUAGAGUGUUUACAGAAUCAGAGGAUCGGACAGCAAGUGCUGAGGAAAUCAAGGCUUUUGAAAAAGAGCUGUCUCAGGCAACCAUUGAUUCCAAAACUGGUGAUUUAGGGGACAUUAAUGCUGAGCAGCUUCCUGGAAGGGAACAUCUGAGAGAACCUGGUACUAGAGAAGGACAGACUCGUCUCAUCAGAGAUGGGGAGAAAGUUGAAGCCUAUCAGUGGAGUGUUAGUGAAGGAAGGUGGAUAAAAAUUGGUGAUGUCGUUGGCUCAUCUGGUGCUAAUCAGCAAACAUCUGGAAAAGUUUUAUAUGAAGGGAAAGAAUUUGAUUAUGUUUUCUCAAUUGAUGUCAAUGAAGGUGGACCAUCAUAUAAAUUGCCAUAUAAUACCAGUGAUGAUCCCUGGUUAACCGCAUACAACUUCUUGCAGAAGAAUGAUUUGAAUCCUAUGUUUUUGGAUCAGGUGGCUAAAUUUAUUAUUGAUAACACAAAAGGUCAAAUGUUGGGACUUGGGAAUACCAGUUUUUCAGAUCCAUUUACAGGUGGUGGUCGGUAUGUUCCAGGCACUUCAGGAUCUUCUAACACACUGCCUACAACAGAUCCUUUUACAGGUGCUGGUCGUUAUGUGCCAGGUUCUGCAAGUAUGGGAACCUCUAUGUCUGGAGUUGAUCCAUUUACUGGGAAUAGUGCUUACCGAUCAGCUGCACCUAAAGCAUUGAAUAUUUAUUUCCCUAAAAAAGAAGCUGUCACUUUUGACCAAGCAAACCCUACACAAAUAUUAGGUAAACUGAAGGAACUUAAUGGAACUGCACCGGAAGACAAGAAGUUAACUGAGGAUGACUUGGUGCUUCUUGAGAAGAUACUGUCUUUAAUAUGUAACAGUUCUUCAGAAAAACCCACAGCCCAGCAACUUCAGAUUUUGUGGAAAGCAGUUAACUGGCCUGAAGAUAUUGUCUUCCCUGCACUUGAUAUUCUUCGGCUGUCAAUUAAACAUCCCAGUGUGAAUGAGAAUUUCUGCAAUGAAAAGGAAGGGGCUCAGUUCAGCAGUCAUCUUAUCAAUCUUCUGAACCCUAAAGGAAAGCCAGCAAACCAGCUGCUCGCUCUCAGAACUUUCUGCAAUUGUUUCGCUGGCCAGGCAGGACAGAAGCUCAUGAUGACCCAGAGGGAAUCCCUGAUGUCCCGUGCAGUAGAACUGAAAUCUGGGAGCAAUAAGAACAUUCACAUUGCUCUGGCUACAUUGACCCUGAACUAUUCUGUUUGUUUUCAUAAAGACCAUAACAUUGAAGGGAAAGCUCAGUGCUUAUCAGUGAUUAGCACAAUCUUGGAAGUUGUACAAGACCUAGAAGCCACUUUUAGACUUCUUGUGGCUCUUGGGACACUUAUCAGUGAUGAUUCAAAUGCUAUACAGUUAGCCAAGUCUUUAGGUGUUGAUUCUCAAAUAAAAAAGUAUUCUUCAGUGUCAGAACCAGCUAAAGUAAGUGAAUGCUGUAGACUUAUCCUGAAUUUGCUGUAACAGUGGGGAAAGGGGUGAAAGUUUAAAUUGAUAAUUGUUUUGCUCAUAUUUUCCAUGACUGAUUACAAAUGAUUUAAAAAAUACUGUGGAUGAAGUAAAAUUUCAGAUCUUGUAAAGUCCUGGGGAGAGGAAACAGGGCAGAAAUAAAAUUUUGCACUGAUGAA